AUGGGGAGCGGUGCUUCUUUAGCAGCUGGCGAUGGAGAGAUCAAUAAGCUGUAUACACACGAUCAGCCAGCCAACUCGAGCCGGCUAUGUGUCGUACAGUCGAGGAUUUGGAUGCUCAUCGACGACACCGGCAAAGCGGUGAUGCACGACCUCGCAGCCCGGAAGAUGUCAUUCGUGAAUGGUGUGAUGACGGACUGGUCUUGCUGUUGUGUCGCCGAUGACAAGGUCUAUAUUCUUGGUAACGCCGGCCUUCAGGUGCUGGAUCCUGCCACAGGGAAAGCGCAAACGGUCCACAACAAUCCCUAUCCCGGCAAUUACGAGUUUAUGGGGUUUCUGGACAUGAUCUUCGUGGACCGCGGGCUUUAUAUGCUUGCAAAAGUACACGACGAAAGGCAUGUACAAUUGUGUAGGUAUGAUGUGGAUCUAGGCAAGGUCGAAGAAGCUUCUAAGGCGAUACGGGGUUACAGUUGCAUGUGUGCAGCUGCAGACAAGCUCUUCUUAUUUUCUAUGGAUACGGUGUACGUAUCCGUGAAGGGCAAAGACCUUGCCAAGCUCGUGGACAUCCCGGGAGAGCUUCGAACUCCAAGAGCGUUCGUUUCCACAUGCGUCGUGGAUGGAGUCAUCUACACAGCUCCAGCCACGGCUUCCACGAUGCUUUCCUGUGACACGACGAAAGGAACAGUGAGUACGAUCAUUCUUGGAGAUGGAGUGCAUCAUGGAGGGAGAAGUGCAAAUUUCAGUUCAAUCUGCGCCGCAGAUGGCAAGGUUUACUUGGCUCCAGCCUAUGCUGCUCGAAUGGUCGUCUAUGACACGAAGAAACGUACAGUAUGUGCCGUAGAUGUGUCAAGCGCAGGGAUCGAAACGGGGAAGCCAAAGUUCAGCGCCAUUUGUGCCGCCGGGGGAAAGGUUUUUCUUGCGCCGGACCAUGCCGAAAAGAUGUUUGUCUAUGACCCCGCCGUCCAAGCCGGUAUGGGUGUAGAGUUACCGGAAUCCUGCUCCGGCAGAAAGUACGGAGACAUCUGCUCCCUGGGCGGCAAGGUUUAUCUGGCUCCUCACGGCACCCGCUCGGUGCUGGAGUGUACAGAUCACCAGGCCUUCUCAAAGUCUUCCAGUGCCAAGGCCAUCCUGGCGGAGUAUGAGGCAGAGAAGGCAAAGCUCGAGGAACUCUGGGCGGAAAGGAUACGGCCAGCACGGGAGGCUCUCAAGAAGGAGUCCGAGGGGGCUGGCAUCUCCCUGCAUUUCGUGAUCGACAAGUUCCCUGAGCUCAGCAAAGUCAAGGCCUUCCCGGCAGAUGAUCCGAAGACCUUCAGAAAUCUGAAGCCGUCCUUGUUCGCAGAAGGUUCGGGCUAUGGCUCUGACUUGCUCUGCCCACGAGACCAUCAAAAGGGUUGCAGCCUUGUGGAUGCCAUGUAUGAGGUGGAUGAAGCUAACAGGGGGCAAGCCACCCAUUUUGUCUCGUGGUGUUGGGGCUACACCGUGGAGCAGGUGUGCAGUUCUUUGAAAAGCUGGCGCGCAGCGGCAGGCAAGCCCAAGACCAAGUCACCGCCCUAUCUCUGGAUGUGCUUCUUCUGUAACAAUCAGUACAGAAUUAAGAAGGGCCAGACCAAGCCGGAAGAGCUGAAAGAAGCCUUCGAGUCCAACCUCAUGUCCAUCGGCAAGAUGCUUAUCAUCUUGGACAAUUGCGUGACCCCGAAAUACACGCAGCGCAUGUGGUGCGUCUUCGAGACUUUCGUGUCCGUGCAGCAGAAGAUUCAGCCGGAGGUCAUCUUGCCCGAGUCUGCCACGGAGAGCCUGGCCGAAGUCAUGCAGAAAGAGUCGAAUCCAAUGAAAGUGAUGCAACGAAUGAAGAAGUACCUCAACGACAUCAAAGUAGAGAAUGCAACUGCCGGCGAGAAAGCAGACGAACAUGCCAUCAAGAAGCUAAUCGAGGGCAGCAUCGGUUAUCAAGAGGUCAAUGCCACUGUGAGGAAGAGGUUGCUACCACACAUGAGCAAAGUUAUCACGAAGUAUUUCGAAGCCUUCAUGCAGGCGGAUGAUGACGAUGAGGAUGCUGGUUUGGAGGCAUCAGAGGUGGACGACGCGUCACCAUGA